AUGGAUCAGCCCCGAGUAGAGCGGGCGACGGCAGAACCCAUUCUGGAAGGCAAGUGUGUCAUCGCCUCUGUUCAAGGGGUCAAGGCCCUAUCUACGGGAUUCAUCGACUGUGUUCCCGCUGAAUUGCUCAUAGACUCCGGUGCUGUAGCGUGCUUGGUUCACUCCCGAGUCCUGAAACGGAUAGAAUGGUCAACCGAACCACUCAGGGGUUACGCCCAAAGCCUGAACGUCGUCUCCGGACACUCCCUGAAGAAUCGAGGCGUCAUCAACUUGCCGCUACGCCUAGGCUCGCUAGAGAAGACGAUCCCGUUCAUAGUUGUUGACCAAUUACACGUGGAUGCGAUCCUGGGUACCGACGCUCUCAGAGAAUUCAAGGCGGUAAUAGAAUUAGAAGACAACGUGGUGACGCACAAAGGGACUGGAAAAGCGUUCCCAAUUGGAUCUCUUCGAGUAGAAGAGUCCUACCACGCUAGAAUCAGUCCUCUGUCGGAUCUGCCCGGGCGGGCAGGCCCUGGUGAUCGCCAAUAUAGCAGGGACGGUCGAGGAUGGGGUCACUGUCCUAGUAGAAGGCCUGGUGGACCCGAACGCGGCUGUCCGAGUGACUAG